CUAACUUAAUGAUUACAAUCAAUAAUGACAAUAAUGAUGAGAAGAUAUUAAUAUAGAAAUCUAGUGCGACUCCUUAACAAACAGAUAACACUAAUUAAACAGAAAAUAAAUUUCAUUAAGUACUUGAGAUUGUCAAUUCAAACAACUCUAAUUACUUUAAAUAUCCCCCUGAUUUAAAUUUAGCUUAAUUACAUAAAUAAGCUUAUUUAAUUUGCCCAAAUAAAGAAAUAAUAAACAAAUUCUAAUUUGAUGCCUGUCCAUGCUGCAAGUAUUUUAUUUAAAAUUUUCCUUUUUUAGCAAAGCAAUAAAUAAAAAAUAAUUCAACUGGCUCUGUUCUGAUUUUUAUGAAUAAUUAGCUGAUGAAUAUGGUAUUGCUGUUCCACUAUACUUUACAAUUCUCAAAAUUUAAUUAAUAAUUUUAGUAAUAGUCUUUUGUAUGUAUGGAAUCAUUUUUAUGAAAACAGUUCAUAAAAUAUGCGACCCAUUAAAAGAAUAUUAAUGUGAGGAAGAUUGUAUUUGUGAAUUUAGCAGCAAUUAUCAUUUUACUGAUUUAGUAAAUAUUUAAUACCAUUUUUCAAAUAUUGCUGACAACGGAGAAAAAAAUUAUUUUGAAUUUGCUGCAUUUUUUGUGUUUUUCAUCAACCUCCAUAUGCCCUUUCUUUAUGAUUUAUUUAUAUCUUAUAUAGAAAUCAAAUAUUGGAAUAAAGAACCUUGUUUUCGACAAAAAGAAACUAAGCAUUCUAUUUAUGUUAGGCAUUUAUAAAAUAAAAUGAAACCAGAGGAAAUAUUUGCUUUAAUCAAAAGAAGUGUUGAAAAACAUCCUAAUUUAGAUAUUUCCUCAUAAUCUAAGUAAUGAUAAAUUUUAUGUAGUUUAUUGAUGGAUCCAUUGUUUAAAGAAAUAAUUUAUAUUUAUAAUGUUGAAUAGUUACAGAAAUUUGUAUCGAUUAGAGAGGCAGUUUUGAUUGAAAUAAUUUAAAAUUUAUCUAAUUAUUCAAAAUACUGUUUACAAAAAGAUCUUGCUUAAUAAAAUAACUGCUCAAAUAAAUUAGAAAAUAAUCUAACAUUGCUCGAAGAUAUUAACAAUAAAAUUUAAAAAGAGAUUGGAAAUAUUGAAUUUAAUUCAUUAACAAACGAUCAAUUACAAACAAUAGAAUCAAUAUAAUUUAGUAAAAAGGCUAUUAUUAAUUUUACGGAUGAAAAGGUUUUUAAAUUAAUCCAUUAGAAUUUUAAAAGAACCUUUUUACAGGAUUUAAAAAUUAAAUUGAAUUUUAUCAUUCAUCCUAAAAUAACUGAUAAAAUUGCAGUUAAAAAGUCAUUUCGAAUUAAUGGACUCUUUUGGAAUAAUAUAGGAACAAAAAGUUUGGACAGAGUAAUUUAGAAGUGCAAAUCAAUUAUUGUGAUGUUUUUUGCUUGUGCUAUUUUAAUGGUUGCCUAUGAAUUUAUAUAUCUUUAUGUAAAUGAUCCGGAAUUUAAAACUAAAAAGCAUUCUGGUUUAUUGAGUUCAGAAGAAAAAGUAGCAACAAAUAUUUUCACGAUACUUGUUCCAAUUAUAACAACUAGCGCUAUACUUAUUGUGAUUAUUAAUUAAAAAAAAGCUAAAAAAAACACAUUUGCUCAUGAAGAGAGAGGAUUUAUGCAUUUUUUAAUUGUUGUCAAUUAUUUGUUAGUCACAUUUAUUCCAUAUUUAUUUACUUUUGAGCUUUGGAAUGGUAAAGAAAAACCACCAGCUAUUUAUAAUUUAGUAUCCUUAACUUAAAAUAAAUUAAUUACCAAACAUUUGUUUCAUACAUUUCAUAUUAGAUUUAUAUCAUCUUUAAUAAAAUCAAGAAAAGGACUAAAAAAUUAUUUGUAAUAUUUUUAAGGAUAAUUAAAUAAAAUUAUUACUCCCCCUUUUUUUCCAUAGAGAAGUAGAAAUUGCAACGCUCUUUAUAGUUUAACUAUUGGAUUAUGCUUAAUCUAUGUAUGUCCUCUAAUAACUUUAAUUUGUUUUUUUUUUAACGUUUAUAUUUACAUUUUUGACAGAUAUGCAAUAACUCAUUUUUAUGCUAUAGAUUCAAGAUUUACAAUCAUUUUAAUGAGACAUUAAAUUAAAGUAUAUUCUAUUGCAUUCUAUCCAAUAAAAAUAUAUUUAUUUAUGAAAUUGUUUUGGGAUUAUGAAUGGCUCAUUUAAAUUGGUUUACCUGUUUGUUUAAUUGUUAGCUUAUUCAAUAUUAUUUUUAGAAAAUAGAUAAUCAAAUUCAUUUUAUUUUAAAUAUUUAAUUUGAAAAAGUUGGAUUCAAAUUAAAACGAUUAAAAAACAUAUAGUGAAAGCUAUAUUAAUUAUCUUAAAAGUACUUAUUUAAUUAUAUUAAAAAAGAUUUCAAAAUAGAUGAAACUAAUCAGAUUACUUGGCAAAUUUUGAAUUUAUAUAAAAAAGUUUGA